AUCAAAAGUUGGGUUAACGCAAAGGCAGCCCAAGCCAAAGUAGCUAUAAAAUACAACAUCACAUGAAAGACUUGAACAGUACACAACCACUUCACGUGAGCUCUGAAGUCUUCGGAGAUGCCGUCCUGUUUCUGACACUGUUCCCUUGUGAUCUUUUUUUUUUCCUUUUUAAAUCUCUCUGAAUUCCCAAUCACUCACUGCGUGUUUCCUGUUCAAUUAGUUCAACCCAACAGAUUGAUUGCCAUGAAACAUUCUUGGGCGUUUGGUCUUGUUUCUUGCUUCUUCUGGGUCCUCUUCCUUCUCUUCCCCCUGGCUGCUUCAUACGAGGGGCCUUUUUAUGAUUCUACGGCCUAUACGGAGUGUAAAUUAGAGCCGGAGAGGGCGCUCUACAACGGAGGGAUCCUGAAAGACGAAGCAUAUGGUGUGGCUCUCGUGGAGGGCGCCCAUUACACUCCUGCUUUCCUCUUGCAGAAUCUCACUCAGCACAUCAUCUACUGCUUCUCCAUAUGGGUGAAGAUGGAGGGAGGGGGUUCAUCAGCAGGAGCAGCUCAGCAUGUAAGAGCCAUGCUGAGGACAGACGACGAGACCUUCGACUGCAUCGGUUCUGUCUCGGCCAGGCGUGGCUGCUGGUCCUUCCUCAAGGGCGGCUUCGUCCUCCAUUCCCCUUCCAAUCUCUCCAUCCUCUUCUUUCAGACAUCAAAGGAGAACAGUAGCAGCACCCAAAUAGGAGUGGCCAGGGCCUCUCUGCAGCCAUUCACGCAGGAGCAGUGGCAGACCAACCAGCAAUACAUCAUCAACACUGUGAGAAAAAGAGCUGUGACGGUUCACGUGGCGGAUGAAAAAGGAGACAUCCUGCGAGGAGCCCAAGUGACGGUGGAGCAGAUCUCCAAGGACUUCCUCAUCGGAUCUGCCAUCGCCAAAACCAUCCUCGGGAACAUACCUUACCAAAAAUGGUUCGUGGAGAGGUUCGACGCGACGGUGUUCGAGAACGAGCUGAAAUGGUACGCGACGGAGCCAGAAGAGGGGAAGAUCAACUACACCAUCGCCGACGAGAUGAUGCGAUUCGUGAGGACCAACAAACUCAUCGCUCGCGGACACAACAUCUUCUGGGAAGACCCUCUGUACACUCCCGGGUGGGUCCGCAACCUCACCGGCGACCCUCUCCGGCGGGCAGUAGAUGGGAGGAUCCGGAGCCUGAUGAGACGGUACAGAGGGGAGUUCGUGCACUGGGACGUGAGCAACGAGAUGCUGCACUUCGACUUCUACGAGAAGAGGCUAGGGGAGAAGGCGUCGUCGGGGUUUUUCGAGGCGGCGAGGGAGGAGGACGGCCUCGCCACGCUGUUCCUGAACGAGUUCAACGUGGUGGAGACGUGUGGGGACGAGAAGUCGACGGUGGACGAGUACAUAGGGAGGGUGAGGGAGCUCCAACGGGACGGGGUGUGGAUGGACGGGAUCGGUCUCGAGGCGCAUUUCACGGUGCCUAAUGUGGCGUUGAUGAGAGGCACUUUGGACAAAUUGGCCACCCUCGGCCUCCCCAUCUGGCUCACCGAGCUCGACAUCAGCAGCCGCCUCGACCAGCACACCCAGGCGUUGUACCUGGAGCAGGUGCUGAGGGAAGGAUUCUCGCACCCGUCGGUAAAUGGGAUAAUGCUGUGGACGGCACUUCACCCCAACGGAUGCUACCAAAUGUGCCUAACCGACGGCAACUUGCAGAACCUUCCGGCGGGGGAGGUGGUUGACCGUAUGCUCAGAGAAUGGAGGACGAGUGAGGUGAAGGGCGCGAGCGACGACCACGCCUCCUUGAGCUUCUUCGGCUUCCUGGGGGAGUACAGGGUCACCGUCACCUACGGGGGUAGAUCCGUAAAUUCCACCUUCUCCCUCUCCCCUUCUCCUGAGACCAAACAUGUCCGCCUCCGAAUCUAAUCAAUUAGAUCCAAACACAGCAUCAUCGUCAUCAUCAUAAAGAAUGGUCAGCGAGCGUGCGUCCACUCUAAUUCCACGUUUCUUAAUUUCUAUGUAAUAUUUUUUGGCCCCGGAGAAUUAACAGCCCAGUUUUUGUUUGUA